AAGUAAUGUAAUAAUGACACGUCACACAAUCGGAAUCAACAAGCUUUCAGCUCACACACGAGAAGCUUCAGGUUAGCGAAGAUCGCAUCGCGGUGAUGGAAGCGUCACAGUCGCAGUCACAGAGCAGCAACUCUCUGAAUCCGAAUCGGAACCCGUUCGCGUCAUCGCUGCCGCUGUGGCCAACGAUCGACGGCCAACUCGGGCUGUCGGAGGAAGAAUCAGAGAAGCACGCGCGGCGGUUCUACAACUUCGGCUUCCUACUUCUCCCUCUUCUUUGGGCCCUCAAUUGCUUCUACUUCUGGCCUGUUCUUCGCCAUGCUCACUCUUUCCCUCGCAUUCGCCCCUAUAUUGUUGGAUCUGCAGUUGGGUUUGCUGUAUUCACGGCGCUUCUCUGUUCUUGGGCUCUUACAUUUUCCAUUGGAGGGGAACGCCUCUUUGGCCCUGUUUGGGAUCAACUGGUUAUGUACAAUCUUGCUGAUAGAUUAGGAUUAACAAGCUGGAACUAGAUGUUUGACACCUCCUGAUUUGACCCUUAUAGAAGAAAUGUUAUGAUCUUUUACUAGCCACCUUGCCUUCUUUCCUGGUUCAGAAUGGAUGUGUAUUACCGGUACAUUUGACUAUUGUAUCAUGUCAAUGAAUUAGCAAUGGAUUUUAUCUUGAAGGCACUGUUGAUGUAUAAAAACAAUAUUUUGAAAAUGAUGGAUCUUCCUGAAAGAGGGUGUGGGGUGCUAUAUAUUAUUCACAACUUGUAAUUAGUUUCUA